AUGCCCGUCCGCCGCUACACGCGAGAGCAGCUCCUCUUCCUCCGCUCGUCCCCGCUGGCCCAGAAGCCCGAGAACCUGCCGGCCAUCGAGCAAUGGCUAGAGUACGUCUACGCCGAUCAAGACUCGCGGGAGAAGCUAAGGAUCCCCCACAGUGACCCCAAUCAGACCGGCGGCAGCAACUCAACCAACCCUCGUUCGCGCAACCCGCAGUCAAAGGUGGGAGGAGCAGGAGCCGGAGAUGCAUCACCCAUGGGCAACUUCGGCGCCGGCUUGAGGCCCAGCUUGAUGUCGGCGAGGACAGGCAGGACCAGCGAGGAUGUCUCGCUCGGGCCCCCCAGGACCAUGUUCCCAUCGAGCAGGAACGUAGCGAAGCUGUCGGACUUUGGCGAGAAAGGUGGCGAGAGCAAUGGCGGGGACGAACAGGAGCUGCCGAGGACACGCACAUUUGGUGACAAGGGCAAUCGCAAGUCCGCAAACGAGAAGGAGUACGGGGACAGAUGGACUACCAUACGCGAGAGAAGGAAUGGCGGUGAAGAUGGGCAAAGGCAGGAGGGCAAGUACGGCAGACGUGACCGUGACAAAGACGACGAGCGGCGCAAUGGAGACAGCCGGUGGGGUGGCAGAGACGAGAGGCGGCAGAAUGGCGACAGGACAAGCUGGCGGGACCGUGAGCGCGACAAGCAGGACAGAGACUGGGACCGGGGUGGUCGCGCGGAAAAGAAGCCAGAGUGGAUGGACGACCCGCCACCAGCCGCUGUGGAAGACGACUUGCAGACAAUGGGCAUCCCUCGCGACGCCGAGUCAUUUCAGCGGUGGAAGGAUGCACAGCACGGCAAGACUGUACCUCCACGAGAGACUGAGCCUCCAGAGCCACCCCCGGCGCCGACAAUCGCGAACAAGCCGGCCGCCACCCUCAACAUUGAAGGUCUGACACCGUUUGGCGGCGCUUUGGGAGAGCCUGCGGCAUCGGCGAGCACGGUGGAAAGCUCGACGAGCGUCGCAAAACCGCCAUCGAAGGGCAAGUCAAGCAGGUUCGCAACCUUGUGGAACAAAGAUCCUACGCCUCAGGAAGAGCCUGUUGUGGAUACGAAAGCUGGACCUGGUGGAAGCCACGGGUCUUCCGAAGACCAGGCCGGCUUCCAACGCAUCAUGCAAAUGCUUGGAGGGACUAACAUCUCUAAGGGUACCACCCCAAACCACGAUACGCCUUCGUCUCCGCCACCUAAGACUAUGGCUGGAAGCGCGAGGCAGAAGAGUCGAUUCACGCCCUUCUUCGACCAAACACCGAAGAGCCCUGAGACGGUACAAUCGCCCCCAGCUGUCGGCUUCAGACCCCAGCAGGCGGAAAAUCUUCAAGCCAAUCGCGGCGUUUUCGACGAGCAUAAACCGAUCUUCGGCGCAGGAGCUCCUGUGAGUCGCAUGGUCGACCAGCCUGCCAGGAAGACCGUAGCGGCAAGCGAGUCUUUGCCCCCAGCCACUGAUGCGGCCGGCUCGCGUGAUCAGCCAUCUCAGCCGAAGCAUCAACGUGCCAACGACGUCUAUCAAGAGCUGCCUCCAUCGCGUGGUGCCGCUACACCUGACAAUAGCAUCGAGGACCUGCUUGCCGCUCAGCGGCCGAACAAGGAGAAGGCGUUCCUCCUCAGCCUGUUGCAGACCAAAGGCUCCCGGCCGCCAUCUCAGCAAGCUCGCCAAGAUGACAACUUCUCGCCCUGGCUGGAUCAACCUCCAAAUGUGCAGCAGGAACCACACGCGCCGAAACCACGCACGAUGCCGCCCCCUGGCUUGUUUGAGGACCAACUUCUGCGCAAUACGGCACAAGACCCAUCGAGACAGGAGAUGCCGCAGCAGGUCCCCGGAUCUGGUAUGCCUCAGCGGCACACCUCACAGCGCGCGCCUCCAGGCUUCUACGACGAGCCAAAUAUCCAGCGCAUGGAGGCACAACAAGCCCAAGCGGCUGCUCAGCGGCGCAUCUACAACGACCCCGUACCGCAGAUGCCUCCUGGUGGCCGCCGCAUGAGCGGGCAUCCAAACUUGCCACCGAUGCACAUGCCCAACCACCAACAGCAGUACCAACCUGGUCCACCGCCUGAGUUCUUGCAAUCUCCCAAUGUACAGCAAGGCCCGCCUCCUGGCUUCCCUCCUCAAAUGGCACGUCACCCGCCGGGCAUUCACAACAUGCCGAACAUGUUCUCGGCGCCACAGCAGCAAGCUCCUCAGGGUCGGGAUCUAUCUAACUUCGGUGGCAUGGCUCAGUCCGGAGGCAUGCAGUCCCCACCAAACGUCCCACCCGGUUUCUACGCGCAAGGCCCUCCGCCAGGCUUCAUGCAGAUGCGCAGUCCGCCCGACGGCAUGGCUGCGGGUGCUGGGCCGAACAUGCGCAGCGGCCGGCCCUUCGAAGGAGGCUUCGACAACGGUGGUCGGAUUGGCGGACCUGGGCCUGGGCGCUAG